AUUGUUGAUGCUGAGUUUUCCUGAUAUUGUGGUGAAAUUUGAGGUGCAGUCGGGAAUAGAACGAACUUGUGAAAUGUCGGCGAUAAUGCAGACCUAUUGCGCAUGCAUGAUAUUGGUGGUAGCUUUCAGAGACAUCAAAUGUGAGAAUCGUUUACUGGACCAUGAAUAUGCUAUUAAACUGUCUGAUUUUGGAUUUGCCCGAGGAAAUAUAAAAACAAAGAAUGGAGUCCCCAUAUUAAGUGAAACUUUUUGUGGAAGUUACGCAUACGCAUCUCUAGAAAUACUCAAAGGAAUACCUUGUCAGCCACAACUAUCCAACAUUUGGUCAAUAUCAACAGAUAUCACUCCACUAGACUUUCUCUUGUGGGAUCCUCCAAAGACGUACGUCUACGCUAAACCACUACCACGUGACGAAAUCGAGGCUGAAGAAGUUGCGCGCCAAAGGCUCCUUCAAGGAUGUGCGUCUUUCACGCCGGAAAUGAUUCAGUCGGCAACGCAGGAUCUGACCCGACGCGCCAAAGCCUGUUUGAUGAUUGGAGGAUGCCAAUUCGAGCCAAGUUUGAAACAUCAAGGACGAUAGACGUUAUGAAAAUGUCUGUCGAAGUUAGGUCCUUAUUUUCUCCAAAAGAGAAUUAUUCGAAGGUAAUUCAUUAUUUCUGGAUAUAAAAAGAAGUGUUUUACCUCCUGAUUACUUAGAAAUUUUUCAAGAGCACCUAA